GAGCCGGAAGUGACGCGCGGCUGCGAUGGCGGCGGAGGCGUUGGCGGCGCGGUGCCUGUCUCACUACGAGGCGCGCCUUCUGAAGCGGGGGAAGCCGGAGCCCGGGCGCGAGUGGACGCUGAUGGCCGCCGUGGUCAGGGAGGCGGAAGGGGCGGAAGAGGCGGAGGUGGUGGCCAUGGGCACCGGGACCAAGUGCCUGGGCCGGGAGCAGAUGCGGCGCAGCGGCGACGUCCUGAACGACAGCCACGCCGAAGUGGUGGCCAAGAGGAGCUUCCAGAGGUAUCUGCUGCACCAGCUGCAGAUGGCCGCCGCCCGCCAGGACCCCCGCAGCAUCUUUGCCCCGGGAGCCGAGGGAGGAGGCAAGUGGGCCCUCCGGCCGGGCGUCCGCUUCGCCUUCUUCUCCAGCCAGACGCCUUGUGGAGACGCUUCCAUCAUCCCCGUGACGGAGGCGGAGGCCCAGCCCCGUGGGGCCCUGAAGCGCGCAGAGGCCCUUGGCAUGCCAGCCCGCGAGAGGGAGGCCAGAGAGGCCCCGGGCCAUGGCCCCGCUCCAAAGAAGCCCAAAGCAGAGGUCACAGACCCAGCUUCUGCUGCCACUGGUGCCGCCAACAGCCUGCAGGCCAAAGUAGUGGACAUCCACCGGACGGGGGCCAAGUGUGUCCCAGGGGAGGCUGGGGAUCCUCUGCUGCCCGGCAGCGCCUUCCACGCCACGGGGCUCCUGCGGGUCAAGCCCGGCCGUGGGCCCCGGACCACCUCCAUGUCUUGCAGCGACAAGCUGGCGCGCUGGAACAUCCUGGGCUGGCAAGGAGCCCUCCUGAUGCACUUCCUGGAGCGUCCCGUCUACCUGCCAACCAUCAUCCUGGCUCAGUGCCCCUACAGCCCAGAGGCCAUGCGGAGGGCCAUAGUGGACCGGUGUCGAUCUGUUCUGAAUUUGCCAAAUGGUUUCCACGUUCAAGAGCUAGAAGUUGUGCAGUCACAGUUGUGCUUUAUCCACAGCCGUGAAGCAGUGCAAGCCAGCUGUGGAUCAUCCCAAGGAAAGGUGGUUCCAUGUGGAGCAGCCAUCAGUUGGAGCGCCGUCCCAGAGCAUCCGCUGGACAUUACCUGCUGUGGCUUCACACAGGGGACCACCAAGAAAGCGAUUGGAAGCCUCAAGUCCAGGUCUCGGAUUUGCAAAGUGGAGCUGUUUCACGAGUUCUUGAAGUUGGUAGCCAGUGUUCCAGAGGAGCAUCUCCCACAGACUCUCCGGGCUAAGAGGCUACAGACCUAUUGGGAUUACAAGGAAGCUGCAGCCAGUUACCAAGAGGCCUGGAAGGAGCUGCGCGACCAAGUAUUUGGCUCCUGGCAUUCAGCAGCCCCUCAGGAGCCACAGAAAAGGAAUGGGCGGCCUCCAGAUGUUUUGAAUGCAGCUUCCAUUAGUCAUAGCUGGCACACACAUUCAUAUGGGGUGAUGAAAGCUGGAACACAACAACAGGUCUGCAAACACUCCCCUCAACCAAAUGCCUGUCCCAAAUGGUGGGAAAGGUUUCCCAGGGCACUUGUUUUGCAUGCAGGUGCUCCCGACCAGCACAGGCAGCCCUGCAAAAGGGCCUGGGGGAAGGUGGGAGGAGGAGGUUACAGGGUUUGCAAAGUGCCUUCCUGCUCAUUUGCACAGCAUGCAUGCAGAAGAUCAGGGCAAUCUGUCUCCCCUUCCAUGCUUGGCUGCCUGCUUGUUAAUGAUGAACUUCUGAUGUUGAUAAGAGGUGCCAAGGGGAUGCACAGAGCUGGCUCAGACUGGCAUCGGCUUGUUCUUUGGCUGUGACAAUAGUGAAGAAGCCUUCUUUGGAACCAUCGAAGCAGAGAAGUCCAUCGUCUCACAGA